AUGGAUGUUGAACAAAAGUUUGAAGACGAUACCGGCGAGCUGGAAAUCACAGAGGAUUAUGUUGUCCUUGAUGAUGCAACAACCGGUACAGGAACAAGUUUGGAUUUGAGUAAUUUACGUAAGCGAAAAACUAAAAUCAUUUCGAGUGCCAAAGAGACAAUCGAAAACGGUAGGUUGAGUCCGAUUUUCAUAAAAACAGAAAUUAUGCGCGUUAAAUGUGUGAAAAGUAUCGCGGAUCAUAAAAAGUUAUCGUUGGCAUAA